AUGGAAUGGGUUCCAACGAAGCUCAACGUCGCCGAUUUAGCUACGAAGUGGGGUACCGGUCCACAACUAACCAUGGACAAUACUUGGUUCCAAGGACCAUUUUUCAUCCACGACUCGGAGGAUAAAUGGCCACAGCAGCGACCGAGCCUUCCGACAGUAGAAGAACUUCGACCGGCCCACUUGCAUUUAGUCCAUUUCGAACCACUGAUAAACUUUGCACGAUUUAGCAGCUGGACCAAAUUACAUCGUUCAGCAGCAUACGUCCUACGUUUUGUCAACAACGUUCGGCGGAAGAAACAAGGACACCGAUUAGAGCUGGGCGUACUCAACAGCGAGGAAUUGCGCCGAGCAGAAGAAAUGCUAUGGAGGUCGGCACAACUCGAGACAUAUCCAAAUGAAAUGAACAUUCUCAAAUCAUCGCAAGGUUCACCUGAACGCCACCACAAUGCGGUGGAGAAAUCCAGCGAUCUCUAUUCGAAGUGGCCCUUUCUUGAUUAUGAAGUAGUCCUGCGAACUCGCGGAAGGAUCGAAGCUGCACCGUACACUACAACAGAAGCUAAGUUCCCCGUGAUUCUUCCAAAGCGGCAUGCAGUAACUUUUCUGAUUGUUGACUGGUACCAUCGCUACUACCGUCAUGCCAAUCGCGAAACUAUCGUGAACGAGAUCCGGCAGCGCUUCGACAUCCCGACACUGAGACGACUACUGGAUAAAGUAAUGAACGAUUGUGUCUGGUGUCGAAUAGUGAAAGCUGCCCCAAAUCCACCUAUAAUGGCUCCACUCCCUGAAGUACGUCUGACAGCUUUCAUACAACCAUUUACGUUCACCGGGUUGGAUUAUUUCGGUCCGAUACUGGUGAAAAUGAACCGAAGUAACGUUAAAAGGUGGGUAGCUCUCUUUACCUGUCUUACUACUAGAGCAAUUCACUUAGAGUCGGUACAUUCAUUGAGUACGGAGUCGUGUAUCAUGGCUGUUCAACGAUUUGUCUCUCGUAGAGGCCUACCAAGAGAGUUCUGGACCGACAAUGCUACCUGUUUCCAGGGCACGAGUAAUAAGCUCAAGAUGAUCUCCGAAGCUACAAGGAAGGCCUUAGCGGAAAAGUUUACUACAUCCUAUACAACAUGGAAAUUCAUCCCACCUGCAGCACCACAUAUGGGGGGAGUAUGGGAGAGACUCGUACGCUCAGUGAAAGUAGCUAUUGGUACGAUCACAGAUUCUCCACGCAGACCCGAUGACGAAACACUGGAAACUGUUCUACUGGAGGCAGAGGCAAUGAUUAAUUCUAGACCUCUCACUUACGUCCCAUUGGAGUCUGCGGACCAGGAAGCCUUGACACCGAACCAUUUUUUACUGGGAAGCUCAUCGGGUAGAAAAUUUAUGCCCACAGAGGAUAUUGAUGUCUGUUCAGCCCUCCGCAGUAGCUGGAAGCUGGCGAGGUACAUCACCAACAGUUUUUGGAAUCGGUGGCUCAAGGAGUAUUUGCCGGUCAUCACGCGCAGAUGUAAAUGGUUUCAGGACGUAAAGGAUAUUGCCGUAGGAGACUUGGUGCUAGUGGAAGAUGGAAAAAUAAAAAACCAAUGGAUUAGAGGACGAAUCGAAGAAGUAUUUCCCGGACGAGAUGGUCGAGUACGACAGGCUUUAGUGCGGACGUCGACAGGAGUCAUGCGUAGAGCAGCAGUGAAGUUGGCUGUUCUGGACGUCUCAGAUAAGUGUAAACCCACCCAAGAAGUUCCAGAGUUUAAGCUAGGUUUACGGGCGGGGGUAUGUGCCGACGCCGAUGUGCCCUCGUCACGACAACACUGCCUACUGUAG